AUGCUUCAAAUCCGGUAUAAACAUGUGUUGCUCCUCUCGAUAUCCGCCGUAUUCGUUGUGGCUGUAUUCUUUUUACGAGAAGACAUAUCUUCGGUUUCGAGGCCUAUAAUAGAGGAAGUCCACGACAAAAUAUCACCGCCACCUGAAUUGCCAAAAAAGCCAAAGUACAAGGAAACGUCCUCAGUACCAUACCCACCAGUCAAAGAGAACUUUCCUCUCGCACAAGCGGCGCAUUCUGCAGCGGAUCUGCCACCUAUUCCAUCAUGGAAUGCUCCUCCAAAACCUCAUGUCGAAGAAAAGACCCCUCUAUUUAUUGGUUUCACUCGAAAUUGGCGCGUAUUGCAACAAGUGGUGGUAUCAUAUAUAACAGCCGGAUGGCCUGCGGAAGACAUCUAUGUGAUUGAGAAUACUGGUGUCAUGGACUCUAAUAAGAACGGACUUUUGUCUUUACAGAAUCCUUUCUUCUUAAAUCAUACUCGCCUGAAUAUGCUUGGGGUAAAUGUAAUCCAAACGCCAACUCUUUUUACAUUUGCUCAACUACAAAACUUCUACUUGUAUACGAGCAUACAAAAGAAGUGGGAUUAUUAUUUUUGGUCACACAUGGACAUCAUAGUCGCCUCGUACGAAGAUCGCGAUCCGCCAGCGACUCCCGAGCAACCUGCUCCUCACCACGAAGAGCCUCAUAAAUUCCGCUCCGUCUACCAGAACUGCCUCCUUGCGCUUCGGAAGACUCUCGCAUUACCCAAAACCGAGCCGUGGGCAAUGCGAUUCUUCUCGUACGAUCGUCUCGCUCUAGUAAACGUCCAAACUUUCAUCGACGUAGGCGGUUGGGAUACACUCAUCCCAUUCUACACCACUGAUUGCGACAUGCACUUCCGACUAUCCGACUCAGGAUACUCGAUCGAAGAAGUACCAGUAGGCAUGGUCUACGAUGUCGCCGCCUCCCUCGACGACCUCGUCGUCAUGUACCGCCAACAACCCGGCUCCGGCCCUGGGCCCUUCAAAGUCCCUCUCCAGCCGACCUUCAAAGACCCUAACGUGAUCGAAGCCGAGCUCCAAGCCAUCGCCGACAGUGAAGCCAAAGCUGCCCACGAUGGCCUCAACUCCACACUCCUAGAAACCCGCCAGGAAGACCUCAUACCACGCCAGGACGACUGGCACGAAGACACCGCCAUCCCUUCCCCCUCGCAAUCGUUCCUCGACCUCUUACACACGUAUGAUGCGAUCACGGCGUCGAAACACGCGAGUUCCCGAGGCAGGAAUACGUGGCAGGCGCGUGCGACGGGCGGGAAAGGAGAACCUUUUUAUAGGGAUAGCGCGGGUUUUGAGACGGGCAUUCAAAUGACUAUCGAACAUGGACGGAGAGUGUUUGGACAGAAGUGGGGACAUCGCGAUUGCGAUCUUCCGCAACAAGGGUUGCAUGUUGGGGAUGAGUGGAGGGUUGUGCAGGAUUGGGAAUAG